CCGCAAUUUCGCUUGUCACGACGUCACGGCCAUCGAAGAACAAGGAGCAAAUUAUCUGAUCUUUAAAAAUCCAUUCAAUUUAUUCGUCGUCGCAGUUUCGAUAUCGCUUCAUUCCUUCUUCAAACACUGUGAAACGUGUCAAGCGCAAUGAGUGGACCGAUAUUUGGCAGCAAUAAUGCACUCGGCAGUAGCUCUGCCGGAAAUCGGCAUCUUGUGGAAUUCCGGGCCGGGAGAAUGAACAUGGUCAACAAGAUGGUACAUCCGGACAAUCGGAAAGGACUGGUGUACGUAUAUCAGGCGGAGGACGGCUUAAUACAUUUCUGUUGGAAAGACCGUACGACGGGAAACGUCGAAGACGACCUGAUCCUGUUUCCCGAUGAUUGCGAAUUCAAAAAGCUCGACUACGUGAAGAACGGUCGCGUUUAUGUCCUCAAAUUUAAAUCGUCCAGUCGCAAAUUAUUCUUCUGGAUGCAAGAACCGAAAGCAGAUCGCGAUGAAGAGUGGUGUCGCCGAAUCAAUGAGGCAAUAAACAAUCCGCCGUCGGGUAAUAACGUUGGAACGGGCGGAAGAAAUGGGGCCAGUGACAGCGGCGAUCUGCAGUACAUGUUAAAUAACAUGUCCCAGCAACAGCUAAUGCAACUGUUCGGAGGCGUCGGCCAGAUGGGUGGAUUGAGCAGCUUGUUGGGAUCUAUGACGCGGUCUUCGACUACUUCAAGCAGCCGCACCAACGCCGUAACGCCGUCGAAUCGCAAUACUACUAACGCAUCUGGAAUUAGUGCUGACAGUGCGGGUACUACCACUACCCCCACUAAUGCUUCCAACGCGUCGUCUGUGCCCCGUGCUCCGAAAAAGAUAGCAGGUUCCACGAAAUCUCAAGGGACCUCUAGCAACGCCCCCACUGGACAGGCCAACAAUCGAACCGAUACGGUAGCGGACGGUGGUUCGAGAAUAUUGCUAUCAGAUCUACAAAACUAUCUUUCCGGCAUGAAUGCAGCUGGCUUAGAGGGCAUCGGUCAACGGCACAAUAUCGAUCUAGCUACCGCUGUCAACGCGGAAACACUUGCCACGAUCUUAGCAGACCAAGACAAAGUGGACGCUCUGGUACAGCACCUUCCACAACUCGAAGGGGAUGAAAAUAAGAAGGAGCAACUGAAAGAAACGAUUUCUUCGCCACAAUUUCAACAGGCCCUGUCAAUGUUUUCUAACGCAAUGCAGUCCGGGCAAUUGGGUCCAGUAGUCUCCCAGUUCCAACUCAAUGCUGAAGCCGUUGCAGCUGCAAACGCUGGGGAUCUGGAACAAUUUGUUAAAGCGCUAGAAAAGAGCAACAAAGAUUACGAUGUGUCGGAGGACACGAUUGGUACCAGUGGCAAACAACCAUCUGCUGUCGUUGACACUACCGUCGAAGAAUCGCAGAAAUCAGCUGAAGUCCCGAAGAAAGAAAAUGGUCAUAAAAACAAGGGAGAUAAGAAGGAUCAAGAUGACGAGAUGGCUGGGUAGAUUCAAAGAUUGUAGACCAUCAACUUUCACGUCUAAAACUUUAUGUUCUUUGUCGCUCCUUUUCUUAACAUAAUCGCAAAACAAAAAGAAAUUCUAAUAAAAUCAUGCUGGAGACUAUUAAA